AUGUUGGGAAGUAAAUGUUACAAACCAGUCUGGUGGCAGACCACCCCGCUUGGUGGGCCAGAGACGGGACCUGCUGAGCUGAGGAAUAUUGCCAAUUCAAUGGAGGCACUUCAACGGAGCCAGCAAGCUGUGCAGUUCUCGUGCAAUAUGCGGUCGACUGGCAUUUACGAUAAUGAAGGCGUAGCUCCAAUUCCUGAUAUGAGCGCGUCUGGUCGAGGCGGCCGAGGGGACUUGGAAGCGGGGCCUGAACCAGUCACGGAUUCGGGUCUCGCUUCGGGAUUCUCGUCAACCGCAGGAUGGUCGGCGCCGUCCGCCGUCGAUAUGCGAUGGAGAGCGCCAGGCGGCCAAUCCUCAGGUUCCAGUAACGGGGGCUUCACUGGGACGAGCGGGCUGGCGAUUCAGUCUGGUGGUGCACCACCGUCCACCCAAUCCGGGUUCGCAUUCUCCCAGCCACAGUCCGUCGGCCUCUCAGGAUCAGGAGGCCAGGCGUCCGUUGCAGCGCGGGAGUUGAUUGUUAAUGUUCAACCGCUCAUCUUCAUCCUCACCCUCAUGUUUCUCCUCAUGCUUCUCAGCUUUCCUCAGGCUUCAGAGUUUCUGUGGGUGUUCAUCAGAGAGUUCGUGGCAGCCAUGCUGCGGGGCCUCUCCCUCUACCGCCAUCUAGCUGACAAAGCCAGAGCCCAGCAUGCCUUCACUCACCUUCCCACCUUUCCUCCCCCCCGUUCGCCAUUUUUCUCCCUCCUCCGUUCCCCCACUUCCCCUCCCUCCCGUUCUUCCCCCCCAUCAGCUGUGGGUGUUCAUCGGAGCGUUUGUGGCAGCCAUGCUGCGAGGCCUUUUUCUCUACCGCCAUCUAGCCGACCAAGCCAGAGCCCAGCGUGCCUUUGCACUCCUUUCCACCUUCCCACCUCCCUCCCCCCCCCCCCCCCCGUUUCCCAAUGUUUUCCCUCCUCUGCUCUCUUCCUUUCCCUCCCUCCCGUUCUUCCCCCCAAUCAGCUGUGGGUGUUCAUCGGGGCGUUUGUAGCAGCCAUGUUGCGAGGCCUCUCUCUCUACCGCCAUCUAGCCGACCAAGCCAGAGCCCAGCGUGCCUUUGCUCGCCUCCUCGGCCUCCCCCCUUCCUCCACCUCCUUCCUCCUCUCCAAUCCAUCUGCCCUCGCCUCCCCUUUCCCUCCCUUUGGGCCGCCGUUCUCGAAUCUUCCCUUCCAACCUUCGUCGUUUUCUUCUGCCGCUAGGGGUGCUGCUGCGGGCCCUCUCCCCGACCUUCCCUCCUUUCCCUCUCUCUCCCCCUUCCCAGCCUUCCCCUCGUCUCUGUCCCCUUCCAUCUCCCCGUCCUCGUCUUCUGGGAACCUCAGCCAAUCCACGUCAGCAGUGGCCAGAUCAGCAUCUGCUGGAGCUGAGUCAGCAGCAUCUGCUUCUGCCGCCCAACGUAUGCACAUGCAGCAGCCACAGGCACAGGCACUAUCGGAUCUCGGUGGGGAAUGGUUUGGAGUGGGGGAGAGGGGUGGAAGGAUGGAGGACGGGUCGUUGCUUGCUGCAAGAAUAGGGUCGCUAGUGCGAGCACAGUUGGGGCAGCAAGGUGCUUCUCAGCAGCAGCAGCUGCAGCAGCAGCAGCAACAGCAGCAGCAGGGGCAGCAGGAGGAGGGGGAUCGCAUGUGGUUGGAGCACCAGGCACAGCUGCGGCGGUUACAGCAGCACCUGGGAUUACAGCUGGCGCUCAUGCACAGAGAGCUGCAGGCAUCAGACUAUGAGCUGCUGCGUGCACUGGAUGCGGACAACACUCCCUCAGUCCCUGCCGUGAGCGACGUCGAAAUUGCUCGCUUGCCUGCUUUCCCAUACAAGCCAAAGAGGAGCCGGUCUGGUGCACACAAACCUCGGCCGGGGCCCGUACAAGGAGCAGCAACUUCAGCAGCACCAGCGGCAUCAGAUGCAUCGCCAGCAGCCAAUGCGUCGCGCAAUCCAAUUUCAACGCAGCAGGGGAAGGAGGGAGAUGAGGGCAGGAGCAACAGCGAGCAAUGCACUGUGUGCCUGGAGCCCUUUCAAGAAGGCGAGAUGGUUCGCCUGCUACCGUGCCUACACCAGUUCCAUUCGCAGUGCAUUGAUCAGUGGCUACAACGCCAAGCCAACUGCCCAAUUUGCAAGCACCAGCUUGUGCUGUCAUGA